UUUUUUCAAAAUGGUUGCCAACAAAGAACAACAUCAACAUGUGUUAAAUUCCUCGUAUAAUUCCACAACUAUUUGUAAAAUAUCUUGGAUGUAAACUAAACAUUUAAAAUAAAAAAAUAUAUAGCUCAAGUGAGAAUCACAAUUGCGUCAAAAUGGGAGGUUUGUUCAGUAAGAAAAAGCCGAAGAAAGAGUCGAAAAUUACGGAACAAGAUAAGGCCAUUUUGGUAGUGUGAAAGUAAAAGUACAAUUAUGACAAUUAUUAUACGACCCGAUUUUAGGGAUAGAUCGUUUAAUUUCGUCCCAAAGAUGGGCGGUGGUUUCAAUGGGUUGUCAAAGUGCUUGUGUUAAGGGGUAUAUUUUAGAAUUUAGUCAAACAAUGUGUCAAGUGUCAACUAGCCUAUGUGCUAUGUCAUUAUUGUCAUACUGCAAACAGCAAACAUCAGAGCACAGAGUAGAGACAUACAGAGACGUAACUGACCGUUGUAAACACUGCGGAAGCUUAUGUUUUCAGGUACCCACUUUUUUCAGGCGACCAGGAAAAAAAUGAUAAACUGUGUGUGCUCGGCAAGUUUAAAGUGAGUCGUCAUCAGGUCGUCAUCCAAUCAGAUGCAUGCAUCUAGUAACUUGCCGAGCAUGCGCACAAAAAAAGUGGCCACACUAGUUACGUCUCUGUAUGUCUCUACUCUGUGAUCAGAGCAAAUGCCUUUUAGCACAGAGUAGAUACAUACAGAGGUAUAUUACUGGCCGUUGUAAACACUGCGGGAACUUACGUUUUCAUCUACCCACUUUUUCAUGAGCAGUUAAAGCGAGCCAUCAUCCAAUGCGAUGCAUGCAUCUAGUAACUUGUCGAGCAUGCACACGAAAAAAGUGGGUACACUACACACAUAAAAACGCACAAGUUGUAACAAACCUGCAGCAGGGUUGUAGCAAUGCUGUUCCAACAACUUGUCAACAGGAUGUGUUCGCACUGCUUGUUCCCAGCUUGUUGACAAGUUGUCAACGGCUUGUUGGCAACUUGCUACAAGGUUGUUGAGCUCAACAGACUCAGUUACAAGUUGUUCCAACAAUUUGUUAUUGUCCUGUAAUUCAACAACUUGACAACAAGUUAUGAGUAACAACCUUGUAGCAACUUGAUAAAAUAACAGCAUUGUUACAACUUGUUGACAAGCUUGCUACAAGCCUGUUGCGAAGACAUCUUGUUGACAAGUUGUGAGAUUUUUACGUGAGCAGUUAUAACUCUGUUUAUGUAUCUACUCUGUGCUUUGAAAUUGUGGGUCCGAUUCUCGUUGUGGAUUCCAUAAUAAUUUAGUGAAGAGUCUAGCUGUCAUGCCCCCACUAUAAUUACUAUCUAUACUUUUUUCUCUUGAUAAAUUGAGUGUAUUUGGUUGUUAUUUUAGGCUUUGAAACAGCAAAGGGACAAGCUGAAACAGUACCAGAAAAAAGUAUGAAACUUAUGUCUAUAUUUAUGAUCUCAUAAGAAACAAUUCCAGUUGGCAUAUUUGGGCCAAUUUCCAAUUGGAAUAAUUUUCUGUCUGAAGUUCAAUGUCAGAUUCAAACAGGAAAAUUUAAAUUCCUAAUGGAUUCCAAUUGGAAUUUGGGCCAAUUUCCCAUAGAAAUUCCUAUAUGGAAUUUUAAUUGGAUAUUUUUUGUUUGCAAAUGGCUGUAACACUUGUACUAUUUAUUAUUUAUAUAUUAGAUUCAGUUAAAUCUUGAAAAAGAGAGACAUGUGGCCAAAGAAUUACUAAAACAAGGCAAAAAGGAGUUAGUAUAUAUAAUAUUAUAAGCUGAAAUAGUUACUUGAAAUAGUGGAACAUUAGUACAAAAUAAAUUCAUGUCCUAAUCAGUGGACAUUUUUUUCUUGAAGCAAAGCGAUGUCAUUGUUAAAAAAGAAACGUGUACAGGAGCAGUUACUAAACCAAACGGAUGGACAACUUGAUAACUUAGAACAAAUGGUAAUAUAAAGUGGUAG